AUGACUGAAAAGAAAAAAACAAUACAAAUCAACCCUCUUGACAUCACUGAGUCACUAGGUUAUACUACAUUUAGAAGAGAUUCAAGAAAACCAUGGACUAAGGAGGAGGAUGUUAGAUUGAGUGAGCUUGUUAAUGAGAAACUAAUAGAGUUAGGAUAUCCACAUGGUAUCGAAUCACUGUCUUUAGAGAGCUGGGAUGUAAAUCAAACUCAAUUACCUCAAGAAAUAGAUUGGGAAAGUAUAGGUGAAAUACUACAAACAAGAAAAGCAAAAGAUUGCAGAAAAAGAUGGACAAAUUCAUUAGAUCCUAAUUUAAAGAAAGGAAAAUGGACUAAAGAAGAAGACGAUAGUCUUUUAUUGUCUUAUAAUAAACAUGGAUCAUCAUGGCAAAAAAUUUCACUUGAAAUACCAGGAAGAACAGAUGAUCAAUGUGCCAAACGUUACAUUGAAGUUUUAGAUCCAAAUACAAAAGACAGAUUAAGACCGUGGAAAUUAGAUGAAGACCUACAACUUAUCAGAAAAGUUAAAACUUAUGGAACAAAAUGGCGUACUAUUUCAUUAGAAAUGAAGAGCAGACCAAGUUUAACUUGUAGAAACAGAUGGAGAAAAAUUGUUACAGAAGUUGUCAGAGGUAAAGCAUCACCAGACAUUAAAAAAGAAUUAGAUAGUAUUCAAGGUGGUCUUUCAGCUCUUGAACAAAUCAAUGAAAAUUUGGAGAAACAAAGACAAACACAAUCAUCAGAUAAUUCUAGUGGUGCUGAUAAACCAACAUCAACAUCCAAUCAAGAUUCUUAUAACAGACAAAAAUCACACAGAAAUCAUAUAAAUGGUUCUUUAUCUUCAUUUGCCAGUACAUCUAAUUCAAACUUACCACCAGGAAAUGGUGAAUCUCCUAAACCAAAUUCAACAGAAAUGGAUUGGAAAUAUACUUUAAAAGAUACAUCUGGUUUAACACUAUCAAAUGGUAAUAUAUCUACUACAGAUCUUGCCAAACAAUUAAUUGAAAAUGCUAAAAAAUAUGAUUUAAAGAUUUCAAUACAUCAACAUAUCCAUCAUCAUUAUGCACAAUCAAAUUCAUUAGGUAAAGGAGCAUCACCAGUAGAAUCUACAACUUCACAAAAUUCAGGACAUAAUGUUGGUGAAGAUCUUAUAACACCAAAUAGAUAUUCACAUUUUAAUUAUUUACCACCAAUGGUUCAACCACAAUUAGGAAGUUCAAGUACUUUAAUGACUAAAGAAAAUGAUUUAGCAAGAUUAUUAAAUCCUCAAAAUCGCCAACAUCAUCAAGACCAAAGUAGGAGCAAUCAUAAAAGAAAAUUAUCAGGAUCAAGUAAUAAUAGCAGAGGGAAACAAAGACAUACUUCACAAUUAAGUCAAAAUGUUAAUACAUUGGACGAUGAGUCAACAUUAUAUAGAAAACCUUCAAUAGACCAAGAUGAGCUUGAAGAUGAAUUAGAUUUUUGGGAAACUAUGAGAAGUCUUAGUGAAGUUACAAAUAAUCGUCGUUUGAACAACACCACAGCUACCAAUCCAACUAAUAACAAUGGUAAUAAUAGAGGACAACAACAAAUAGGCCACGCUCAUCAGUUUAAUAGGCCUGUUGAUGCUUCAAAUACUCCUAAUAAUGGUGAUAUUGGUUUAUAUUAUAGUGUUUUUGGUGAAGAUGAUGAAUUGGAAGAAGAUGAAUUUAAAGAGGAUAUGAGAGAUAUUGAAGGUCUUGCUGGUAUAUUACCGUUUAAUCCUUCAUAG